CAGUCGAAUGGUAAACAAAAGUCGAAGGCGAAUGCAGACCUCAACUGUCAAACAAAGAAUUUGAACAGAUGUUGGUUGCUUAUCGUUCAUUGUUUGUGUCCCCUUCUAGGGAUAUUGCAUGCAUGGCCCGCGGUGCGCAUGUGAGCAACAACAAUAUCAACCAUUGCAAACAAACUAGCUCACCGUGUACACAAACCAAACAUGAACAAAACUCACAAUCAGCAUUCAGCUGGAGAGUUCAUAUUGAUUUUUCGUUGUUGUUAAAUUUGUUGUGUUCGAAUAGCAACAUCAACGCUUAUUCAGCGACGGAAUCGAAUUAAAGUUUUGCUAUUAAAAAUUGUGUGCAAAUAAAUUCAAUACGAAGCGAUAAAAGCAACGUUCUUUUCGAUUUUCGAACGUGUUGCUAAGGGAUAACGAGCCAUUUUAGCCACACCGAAAAGUAGAACGAGAGAAAUAAAACAAACGAAGAAGAUCAAGCCAUGGCUUUGGACUUUGCAGCAACGUACAAAGUGCUAGUGUUAGGUGAUUCGAAUGUGGGAAAAACAUGCAUCGUACAUCGUUAUUGCGACGAGAGGUACUAUGAUACUUACAUAUCAACCAUUGGUAUCGAUUUCAAGCAAAAGCUCAUCAAUUUGGACGGAGUACCAAUUAAAUUGCAAAUAUGGGAUACAGCUGGCCAAGAACGCUUUCGAACGCUAACCACAGCCUAUUAUCGCGGUGCAAUGGGUAUUCUUCUCAUGUAUGAUGUGACCAGCUUAGAAUCGUAUAAUAACCUAUCGUAUUGGCUCAGAAAUAUUCAAGAGAAUGCUGCACCAGACGUAGUUAAGGUAUUGGCAGGGAAUAAAUGUGAAGCUCCAGCUACACAACGCGCCGUUGAUAAAGAACGAGGCAUGAAGAUAGCGGAAAAUUUCGACAUGCCAUUUUUCGAGGUAUCUUGCAAGCAAAAUAUAAACAUAGAAGAAGCAUUUCUAACAUUAGCACGAAAAAUUCGCGAGCAACGAGAACAAAAAGGCAAUAGUUUUGACGAAGAUGAUAAACCAAAGAGUAAACGAUCGCCUGGUUCAAAUGGUCUCGGCCCCUUCACGUUAGGUUCAAAUGGCGAAAGUGGACGAUGUUCCUGCUGAACAUAACUGGGUCAAAAGCACACAAGCACACAUACACAGAACACACAAAAAUUCAUCUUUAUGCAUCUUGACCUGAACGUAUAUUUGUUACGAUAGCAAUUUUUCGUAAUUGGCUUGCCCAAACUAAGUCGAUUGAAGCUAGUGACAUCACGAAAAAAAACAUUUAAUUAUUGUAAUGUGUAGGAUUCUCGUUUUUUAUAAGAUUUAUUAGGAUUCCUUGAGUUGAGCCAAAAGAAGAAGAAGAAGAAACAGAAAAAAAACAUUUACCGACAUUUCAAUUUGAUUUAGUUGACAUUGGUUUUAAUUUUUCGGUCAGAUGAAGGUAUUAAUUCCAAUGCACGUGAGUGAAAAAAACAGCCCAAAAAUGAGAAUGGAAACGAAACACCUCUUUUACCUUCUGAAUUUUCUCCUGAAAUCUAAACCAAAAUCUACUUUCUGUGAUAGCGACUGAUUAGUGCGUUUUCUUUCAUUAAGAAUCGAACGGGAAUGAAUACAAACUGGAAUUUUAUCGUAACAAUUUAUCUGUUUUGGUUUUGAAAUGGCAUAUUUUAUCAAACAUACACCAGUUUUCAUUAGUUGAGAUUGUUUUUUGGUUGAUUUUGUCCUUUCUGUUUAGUACAAAGUUGUGUUCAAUUGUGUUUUUUUAAUACGGAAAUAAAAAGGCGAAAGUAACAAG